UUCUCCCUCUUCACUGUCAAGACGGCAAGGAAUGGGAUGCGGAAUCAUUCCAUUAUGGGUAUUGGUUAGCAUGGGAGGCUCAGUGACCUACAGAAAACUAGACAGGGUGGCACGGCACGGCACGGCACGGCAGAGGAACGGAGUACCUUUCCUGCCCCGCAAACGGAUGGGGACUCCGACUUCAGCCGGCCAAGCGGGGAUAAGCCGGUCCCCACAAUGGCGGAAAGCCACAAGACGGAGCCCUCCGUGUGGAAAUGUCACCGCCGACGCUGCACGGAAUGAUAACAUACUGUGCGUAUGUAAUUGGCGGGAUCAUCUCUAAAGAUAUGAUGGGUCGGUCGGCCCGGAUAGAAUGUGGAUUGGUUGGUCAUCAUGAGCGUCUGGUGAGAUGUAAGCGGGAUACAUUUGGCAUAUUUCCCAUUUACGGAUCGGUACCUACAUUUUCUCUCUUUUCUCGUCUUUCUGUGUCACUUCACUUCUUCCUGCGUCUCUGCGUUCUUGGCUGGGAAGUAGGAAGCUUCGGUGAAAUGGGCGGAAGUUUGUCCCCGUUUCAGCAGCGGCUUGUGUUUGCUUCUAUCGUUUGCCAUUCUCUGCAUGCUCUGUAUUCAACUGUACAAUACUCUAAACUUUCUUUUUGGGCUGAAUCGACUUUGGAAAGAAUGGCGGCCGGGGUGGAACCGGUCGAUGACCUCGGCUGGGAGUCGCAUUGGAGGCAUAGACAGCUAUGCGGAAGGGAGGCGGCGUAUGUUGCGAGAACAGUGAAAAAUGUAUUCUGUCCAUGCUACUUGGAUGGCUAGGCUAGGCCUGUGGUGUCGACGGAGUCGUUGAUAAGGCAAUUAAGCUCC